AAUAAUAGAGUUUAGGUGACGGAAUGACUGGAAUUGCCAAUCAUGCCAAGCAAGGAGCCCGUGAAAAAUUUGGCGAAGCGGUGAAAGACGUUUCGGAUGCCAUUUGUGGUUUGAUCGAAUCUGCCGCACAGGCCGCUUAUCUGGUCGGAGUUUCCGAUCCGUCCAGCGUGACCGGCAGACCCGGUCUGGUCGAUCCCGUUCAUUUUGCCAGAGCCAGCCAGGCCAUUCAGAUGGCUUGUCAGCAACUAAUUAAUCCGACGAGCAAUCAACAGCAGAUUCUUUCUGCUGCCACCGUGAUCGCUAAACAUACUUCGUCUUUAUGUAAUUCCUGUCGGUUGGCAUCCUCCAAAACUACUAAUCCUGUUGCCAAACGUCAGUUCGUUCAGUCUGCUAAGGACGUUGCUAAUGCAACUGCAAACCUUGUUAAAGAGAUCAAA